UAGAGAGCUAUAAUUUGAUGACCCACAUUUUUUUAAUUCUUAAUUGGUUUUUUGAUUAUCGAAAAUAUAAAGUAAAAUUUGGGAGGCCAUCACCAAAUCUUCAACCCCCACUAUCCCAACCCCCAACGCAACCCAAACCAUCCCAUCAUCAUCAUCCAAUUACACAUACAAAAGGCAGAGCAUGAAAACCAUCGAAAUUGCAAACACAAUUGGUGUCAGAAGAAAGAAGAAGAAGCUUGUUGAAUAACACAAGGAAACAAGCGGUUUAUUCAUUUUUAGGAGUGGUGCAUUGCUAUCUGGAACAACCUUGAACUGCUUAGAUCUGCUCGCGUUCCUUUUUAAAAAUAGCUCGAGUUUGUUGAUCUGAUGAUGAACCAGUUGAGAUGCAGAUGUAGGUGGUAGACAUAUCCAGUAUAGUAUGUUAGCUUUACUUUAGAAUUGUAGUUAGGUGCUACUUAGAACUGCUCCUUUCAUAUCUGAGAAGUUGUAGAUGGUUGAGUGACCUAAAAGCUUCUGAUCACUUGGAACAUAGUAACGUGGCCUGAUUGAAUGCAAUGCGAAAGAGGGAAAAGAAGCAAAGUUACAUAAGGACCUGAUCGUGAAAUUCUUCUGAAGAUGGGCUUGCCUCAAGUGUCUUCUGGCAAUAUUGCUGAGGAAGUGGCAGCAUCGCUGUGCACUUUUAUGCAACCUCCAUCAAGAAUUGCUGGCGUGAGUAGCUGUGAUUUAAGUGGUUUACAUGGAGGAACCAUGGGAAAUCAAAUGCAGGUGGAUUUGACAUCCUCUUCUUCUGGAGAGUUCCAGAGGAAAACAAUGACAGAGAUCCCAAAUAAACCAGAUUUUUCGAAUAUGCGUAUUGGUCGGUCAAACAUGCAUUCCUUGAAGAUCAACAUCCUGGAGCAAAAUAACUGGUUAAGUCAGAAAGUAGGUCAGAAUAUACAGGCAUCUGUUCCCAGAAUUGUUGGUUUUGAACCAAAAAACUUAAAUUCGCAUGUUGAUUUGUUCAAUCGAAACCAACAUUCUUCUAGUGGGGUGGCUUUCAAAGGCGACAAAAAUGAGGUCACCGAGUCAGUAGCUAGGAAGAGGUUACUGUCCCCUUUGAAUGGGAUGCGUCUUCAAGAUCAAUUUAGUGGUGAUUCUCUUAACAUUGGUGAUGGGGUGCAUGAGACUUUUGGAUGCAAAGAUGGGUCCAAUAUUCCUGCGUUUCAAGAGCAUAAAAAAGCACACAUUGGAAACUCCAAUUGUUUCAGUUCUACUCUCUGGUCUGCAUCUUGUUCCCCAGUGUGGAAACAUUCAUUGGAUGAGAAGUAUAAUACAAACUCCUCGUUUGUAGUUGAUGGUCCUUUGCUUGAAACCAAGGAGCCAAAAUCACAUAAUCUGUCCAUAUCAUCAUCUGGACUUGAUUACUCCCCAGAAACAGUAAUGGUAAGGUCACAGUCUAGAUCAAUUGCCAUAAAUUCAAGAAAGGUGGUGCUGCAUCCACUUUCUUUAUCUCCUCUUGGCCCAAAGUUUUCUGAAAGAGUGAAAUCUGGAGAAGUAUGCAGGGAUCACACACCAAAGGCAGAUGAUUACAAUGUGACCUUAAAGGACAUGGAUCAUUCACUUGAUGGAACUAUCCCAGACAUUUCAUCUUCUUGGAAAGAGGAAAGUUUUGGGGCUCCGAGUAAUUCAUCAGAAGAUGUUGAUAUUUUGCAGAAAAAGUUUGACCUGUUUAGUCCAGAGAGCCCCAAUGUGAUGCAACAGCACUGGAGUCAGGAUUUGAAAUCCAAGUCUGAAGCUAUUAAAUUAGCUCGAAGCCUGACUGGAUUGCCUGUCAGGAGGUCCUUGGUUGGUUCAUUUGAAGAAUCCCUCUUGUCUGGCCGAUUGGUAUCAGCAAAGGUUAAUCAGAGAAUUGGUGGUUUUCUUGCUGUUCUGAAUGUUACUGGAGGGAACUUCUCCCCAAAAUCACAAAAACUUCCAUUUGCUGUGACCAGUGUGGAUGGAGAGAACUACUUGCUGUAUUAUUCAUCAAUAGAUCUGGCUGGGAUAAGGACAUCAGAAAUAUAUGGAGGACCCAAGAUGAAGAGAAGCCUUAGCAUGGAUGAUUCACGAGCAGACCGAAACCGUCUAAGAAUACCAAUGAAAGGCCGCAUACAACUGGUUCUGAGCAAUCCAGAGAAGACACCAAUUCACACAUUCAUCUGUAACUACGAUUUGAGUGACAUGCCAACUGGUAGCAAGACAUUUUUGCGCCAAAAGAUCACUCUAGCCUCUUCUGAAGCAACCUUCAAGACUCAAAAUGGAAGACAUACUGAGUCUGGCGAAGAAAAUGAUUCAACGUCAUCUUCAAUCCUAGACACCGCCAAUCCUCUUCAGCUCAGUGGCAAUGAUGUGGACUUAAAUGGGUUUUAUGUUGCACAAAAGAUAAGAACUACAAAGCAGUGUGAAAAAGGAUCGAGUAUAGGAGGUUCUUGUAGAUAUGAAAAGACCGAUGAGAAGGACAACAUGACAACGAGUGCGUUCCACAUCAGUGAAAGUAAGUCUCUGCAUAGCCCUGCAAAGACUAGAAAGAAUACUACUGGUGCUGGUGUUCUACGUUAUGCUCUUCAACUUCGCUUUGUGUGCCCUUUUCCUAAGAAAUGUUCAAGGUCAGUCCAGAGAUGUAAAGUAAAUCCCUCAUCUGAACAAGUGAGGAACAACUUAAACACUGAAGGGGAGCGGCGCUUCUACUUGUAUAAUGAUUUCAGGGUGGUUUUCCCUCAACGUCAGACGGAUUCUGAUGAGGGGAAGUUGCAUGUGGAGUACCAUUUUCCUUCAGAUCCUAGAUACUUUGAUAUCAGCAACUAGUAGGGGCACAGGACAUUCUCUGCUUAGAUAGAUUUUUUCCAUGUACCUGUAGUCGCAGUGUGUACAUAUUAUACAUUCAAUUCUCAUCAUCUUCUGGGGAGAUCCCCCAUUGAAUCUGUACAUAACCAUCACCAUCAAUAGUUAGUCGAUAUUAAUAAAUAUUUCUUCA